AUGGGCUGGUCUCAAGUCCUAGCUAAUGGUAAGCAUGCUGAAGGAACCUGGUGGCCCCCUUUGACUUUCGACCUUUGUCAACUGGCUAAGGACUCCUGGGAGCAUACUGAGCGGACUCCCCACAACUCAUACCCACCCUGCAGACACUCUGAUUGGUAUACUUGUCCCGGAGGUAAGAGGACACGGGAGUGCGGAGGUCCUGAGACCUUCUACUGCGCUAAGUGGGGGUGUGAGACUUACACUCGAGGAUGGUGGGGGACCAAGAAGGGGGACUUAGUGGCCUUCUCCCCUGAGACUCCAGGCGAAUCUCGAAUUACAAUCGAAUUCACGGAUCAAGGUAAAAACACAGACUGGAAGGGACCCUUCCACACGGCCCCUCAGCUGCUAGGAGCAGGAGACCGGCUAAUCAACUUAGUGACCGGGGCAUACUUGGCACUCAAUUAUUCAGAACCUGACAAGACCCAAGAAUGCUGGCUGUGCCUGGUCUCUAGCCCGCCCUAUUAUGAGGGUGUGGCAGUCAUGGGGAAUUAUACUAAUCAGACCACGGCCCGGGCCAGCUGCACAACCCUCCCUAGCCAUAGGCUGACGUUGCCGGAAGUCUCAGGACAGGGACUCUGUAUAGGGACCAUACCCCCCACUCACCAGGUCCUCUGCGCUAUCACCAAGAGGAUCCCCACUGGAAGCUACUACCUAGCAGCUCCUACAGGCACCUAUUGGGCCUGUAACACUGGAUUGACACCUUGUAUCUCCGCCGCAAUCCUCCGCAGAUCCUCAGACUACUAUGUACUGGUAGAAAUUUGGCCUAAGGUCACCUACCAUGGGCCCAAGUACAUAUACUCACAUUUUGAGGGGCUGACUCGAUUCAGGCGAGAAACCAUCACCAUGACCCUAGCUCUACUCUUAGGAGGAAUCACCUUAGGAGGAAUGGCUGCAGGUAUAGGGACGGGGACCACCGCCCUCAUCGAGACGGGUCACUUUCGUCAGCUACAAGCGGCCAUGAAUGCAGAUCUAAAAGCUAUCGAGGAAUCCGUGAGUGCAUUAGAAAAGUCCUUAACAUCUUUGUCUGAAGUAGUCUUACAAAAUAGGAGAGGGCUAGACAUGCUGUUCCUUCGCGAAGGAGGGCUAUGUGCUGCUCUAAAAGAAGAAUGUUGUUUCUAUGCAGACCAUACAGGAUUAGUGAGAGAUAACAUGGCUAAGCUCCGAGAACACUUGGCCCAGAGACAGAAGCUGUUUGAUUCCCAGCAAGGCUGGUUCGAGGGGUGGUUUAAUCGAUCCCCUUGGUUUGCUACCCUGGUGUCCACCUUGAUGGGACCCUUAAUCAUCCUCCUCCUAAUCCUCCUCUUUGGCCCCUGCAUUCUAAACAGAUUGAUGCAGUUCAUAAAGAACAGACUCUCAGUCAUUCAGACGCUUGUUCUCACCCAACAAUACCAGAGGGUAAGACAACAGGAAGAGAUUCCUUAGAAUUCGAUUUGAGUAAAGGAUUUUACUCAAGUCUAAAAGAAAAUGGGGGAAAAUGAAAGACCCACCCCAUGAGUCUUAACUCAGAGUUGCAACAGGCUUGAAUGAGCCCAGCACGCCCAGAU